AUGGAAGACUAGAAAAUGUAGUAGGAGAUUGUUUAAGAAAAGCCAUCUAGGGUGAAACUUCUUUGGGAAAAACUGCGCCAAGAUUUUUAAUAAGGUAGAUUCCUAGAGAUAGGUUAGAAAAAAAUGAGAGAAAGUGAUAAAAAGAGACUUAUAAAAAAGUAGAGAUUAAUCAAAUAUGCAAAUAUUUAAGAAAGAAGAUAGGAUGUUGUAUUCGAUUGCUUGUAGUUUAUAAAUAUGCUAAGAAAAAAAUUAGAAAGAGACAGAUAAGAACAGCUUCAGAUUGAAUACUUAAGAAAUGCUUAGGUUUAAAGGCCAAGAAAUAAUUAAAUGAUAAAUAAAUAUAGCUAAAUAUCUUAACAUUAAAAGGAAACAUAUGAUAAUAAUUUUGAGGACUUUACAGAGAUAGAAAAUUACAUAGAGUUUUAACAGCAAAAAAAUAUUUUAGAUAGAUUAGAGAAAAAGGAACUUUGUUUACUUUAAGGAAAUGAAUAAAAUAGUUCAUUAAGUUUUAGCUAGUCUAUUAAUUUAGCCUUCAACAGUGUUGCUGCGACUUAGUAAAAGAGAGUCUUCCCAUUUGAAAAUUAUAUACCUACUUUUAAAGAGAACGAUCUCAAUUAACUAAUAAUUGAAGAUUAAUGUCUUGAAAUAGAUGAAGAAAUAUCAAAUUUUAAAUAAUAAAUUUUAUGUUUUACAUAGCAUAAUGAUUAAAUGUUUGGCUUUGCUCUUUCUAAUGGCAUAAUUAUAGUUAAGGAUAUUGUUUCUUAAAAGAUUUACGAGGUGAGUUGCUUUGCAAACUAUUGUCUCAAUAAUAAGCAUGCUAAAGCUCAAGAUAUAGUUUGUCUUUAGUUUACUCCUGAUUUUAGACAUAUUAUGGCUUGUCAUAGAACUGGAGCUAUUAGUAUGUAUGAUUUUAAGUAUAAUAAAAUGGUUUACUAUAUUAAAAACCUCUUCAAGUACAGCUCUAACGAAAUCGAAGAGAUGAACUAAAGCAACCUGCUAAUUAUUGACUUUAAAGUAAUUGCUUAGAUCUCAGCGAAAGAUGAAGUUUAUAUAAUUGCUAUUAAUGCAAGAGGAGACAGUGCUCUUAUUAAAAUUUUUAAGGGUUUUUUGUCUUUUGAAUAAUAAGUUGUUUUUUUGAUGCAAAAAUAGUUGUUUCCUAUAACUUCAAUUAAUGUUCUCAGUAAACUUAUGCAAUAAAAAUACUUUUAAUACGAUUAUGAUAGAGAAGACGAUUUUAUAGUUGGACUUUCAAGUCCAGAAAAGUUAUUUAUUAUUAGAAUUAGAUUGUAAAAAAUGAAAGCUAAACCUAUGUUUAAGUAUGUCGAAAAGAUGGAUACAAUCAUUAAAAAGGUAAAAAAUAGUUUUCUGUGGAGUGAAAUUAAGGUAGGCAAAGAAAACUAGCUUAUGUUUUUAGUUUCAUUUACCAACUUCUUAUACGUUGGGAUAUUGUCUAAGCACUAAGAAGAGUCAAUUAAAGACUAUGGCAAAAUGAAAAUAAGGAAUAAAUAUUCAUUUGAACUAAAAAGGAGAAUAAGACAUUACACUAGUAUCAAAUUUAUUGGAGCAUUAUACAAAAAUAUUGUUUUGAUCUGUGACUUUAACGAUUAAUUAUUCUUAAUAAAUACAACUGAUUUUAGAUCGAGUUUUCUUAAAUUCAUAAGUCUUGUCUCAAUCAGUUCGUUUAAAAUGAAAUUGCCAUAGUUAGAAAUCAAACCUACAGUUUAUGAUUUAGAUUCUUAUUAACUGAAAGCUUAAAAAACAGUAAAAUAAUAAUAAGAACUUAGCAUAAAAUAAACUGCCAUUAAAGAUUAAGAUUAGUUAAUUAAAUCAUAGUCACUUAAAAAUUCUUAAUCUGAAGUUAUUAUCAAUGAGUCUAAAACAUAAAUAAUAUAUUCAAACAGUGUUAGCUUUUCAAUUCUAUUAUAAAAGUGCUAUAUUUUAUUAGAAAAUAAUAAAUCUGACUCAAAACGUUCCCAAUUUGCUUGCAUUAAUUUAGUUUCUUGGAGAGCAACUUUGGAAGAACUUUUAAAAUAAGGAGAAUACCUAAAUGCUAUGUCUUUCUUACAUAUUAUAUAUUCAGGCUAUCAUAAAUUUGCUCAUAAUGGUUUAUAAAAAUUUGAUAUAAAAGAUUUGUUGGUCCCAUAAAUAGAAAGAACAGCUUUAAAUUAUACAGAUAAGCUGCUAAAGUAGUUAAGGGAAGAAUAAGUUUCUUAAAAUUUUGGAUAAAGUGCUUUCUCUGUAAAAGAAGAAAAAGCAUAGUCGUCUCAUUCCUCUUUUGCAUCAAUUUAAAUGGUUUCUAAUCAAUCAAACUAAUCUGCUUUUUGUGAUAUCCAUUUCCUUCCUGAGCAUGACAGAUUGAUAUUUGCCAUGGAAUUUUUAGUAAACUGCCAACUAUAAGAAACUAUCUUCUACGAUAUACGUUAAAGUUGUGGAAAAAUAUUAGGAAAUAUGGAUUUUUUUAUAGAGUGUCUUGAGCCAUUUAUUCUUGAAGGAAAAAUAACAAAUAUACAUAAUGAUGUGAUAACUGAUAUUAUAGAUUACUAUUAAUCAAGAGGAAAUUUAAGGAUUAUUUAGUAGAUACUGACUAGUCUUGAUCUUGAAAAUUUAGAUAUCAAACCUUUAGUAUAGCUAAGCAUGGAGAAGUAAUUAAUUACAGCACUGAUUUAUUUAAGUACUAGGUCUACAAAUCCUGAUUUCAUAUCACCAUUGAUGAUAUUUUGGAAUUAAUUUGUUGCUUCCUUGCGUAAAUGGGAAGAAAAGAAUAAAGGUAAAUAAAAAAGCUUUAUUAUGGACCCCUCUCUACUAAAUCCUGAAGAGAAAGCUGCAGCCAUUUAUGAUCCUUCAAGCUCAUUAAUUAGAGAAAUAGAUCCAGAAGAAAACGAUUUUCUAAAAGAAUAGCUGAUAUUGAGUCUUCUUUAAGACCCUCUGAAAAUCAAGUGUGAAUAUUUUGGUCUUAGAGCUUUGUGGUAUUUCCGCUUAUGCAUUCAAUAGAAACUUAUUGAUGGAGAAUAUAUAAAUGACAAUGAUUAUAAAUAAGUAGUCUUAACUUUUGAGUCUUGGAUUUCUUUUCCUCAAAAUAUUAAAGUUUGUCUAUAAAGAUGGCCUCAGGUGUUUUUCUAAGUAUUAGCUGUUUUCUUUUCUGAAAAACCUUUGAAAAUUAUUGAUGAAGAUUAAACAAAACUCAAAUAAAUCCUAAGGGACUUAAAUGUCCAAAAUUUAUGGGAACAAACUGCUGAAUUCUGUACAAAUAAAAAAGUAUUUUAUUCAGAAGUACUUCUCCGAUAAAUCAUUGCAAUUACUCUUGAAAUAGAUUCACAAUUCAAUUUUGUAACGAGGUCUACACUCCCACGUAACACUUAUGAAGAUGUUACUUACAUUUAAAAAUCUAUCAAUACUGAUAUAGAUGGAUCUGAUGAAUAAGAUCUAACAGCGUACUAACUUUUGGUGGAGAAAGCUCAUCCCUCAGAGUUUGAUGGAAGACUAAAUUUACGUAGGUCUAAUCUUUUGUCAAGUUUUUAUUUAUUUUUAGCAAAUAUGAUUUACCAAUCUUAAUGCAGCUACAGCUCAAAUUAUCUUGUUGGUUUAUUUAAAUUCAAAAAAGAAAAAGUUGUUGAUAUAGUUUUCUAUUUGUCUUAGUACCCUAAAACCUUAGAUAGAUUGGAAUUUCCUUAAGAAGAGUUACAAAAGUAAGCUAAAAUAUAUUCUGAAGGUAGAGAUGAUAAAGUUGAUUUUAGAGAGCUUUCAUAGCUAUUGAGAAGUGAAUUUUUACUUAGUUUAAUUAAAUAUAUUUUAGAUGUGAUUGGAAAAGAUAAUGGUUAGAUGUAGCUUUUAUCUUAACUCCUUGACCUAACUGAAUUUGCUACAGCCAGAAGUCAUAUUUUAUUUUUAAGAGGACACUAUCACAGAGCUAUAGACUCAUACAUAUAAUCAUCUAAUAAAACUAUGAGUCGUUUAAUUUUUGACUGGAUGUGGUAAAAUUUGACAGAAAGUAGAAGCGAAGAUCCUAAAAAAUAUGAAAUGCUUAAAGAUAUAAUGAGAGUAAAGUUACCCGAUUUUAUUAAAAUUGAUUCUGAAAGGACUCACCAGCUCUUUCAAAAGUUUUUGAAUGAUGCAGAGCACGAUAUCAUUUCUUAACUUGAGAACAAUCCUAAUUUACAACUUCUUUACAUUUAGAAUGUGAUUAAGCAAUACAAAUUGAAACUUAAGUCUAAUCCUUAACUAAUUGAAUCACUAAAAGUUGAUAAGGGUAUUUUGAUUCUAAACAUUAAGCUUAUGUGCUAAUUGAAUAAGCCCGAAGAUGAUGUACUAAAUGAAAUUACUAGCUUAGAUUUUUAUCCAUUCGAAGAUAUUCUAAAAAUUUGUCUCGAGAAGUAAUAUCUUGAAGUGUGCACCUUUAUAUAUUUGAGAAUGGGUCUAUAAGAAUAGGCUUUAAAGUCACAAAUAAAAAUGUUAGAUAACUCUCUCUAUUAGUAUAAAAAAUACUUAGAAGAUUUCUAUCAAAGGAUGUAGAAUAUGCCAACAAAUACAUUCAUUAACAAUCCAUUGAAUGUAUUCAUGAGCGAUUUAAUGGGUGGUAGAAAUCAAUCUACUCAUUUUGAUAAUAUAGAAAAUAACGAAGAAGGAGAAAUUCGCUAGACUGGAGUAAGCAUUUCUAUUUAAAGAACGGAAUCAUAAACUUUUAACUAAUCUUACAAUAUUUCAGACGUAAAUUAAAUGCAAAUGAAUGCUAAUGCUUCAAACGAAAAAAUAUAGCAAUUUACAAAAUAAAUUAAUUGUAGAAUGCAAAAAAUGUUUGAUAUAUGCACUCUACAUAAAUAAACAGAUAAUUCUGAUUCUUGGUUUUUGCUGUUAGAUUUGUUAGUUUAAAGUUGUAAAAAAUUCCCUGAUAUAGAUACAAAGGACUCUCUGAUAAAUCUACGUAAAAUAUUUUCUCAAUCUAUAGGAAGUACUAUAAUGCAAAUUGCAGAUAAUGUAGAUAUGGAUAGGUUUUUAGAUAAGCUGAGAAGCAGCUAUUCUGAUAUCAGCAUAACAGAUCUAAAGGAUACUUUUAGAUAGCUAUUAUAAAAUAGCAUUGAUUCUUAUUAAGUCCUUUAUAAUUGUCUGAUUUACAUUUAAUAGGAUUUAACAAAUUAGAUGUAAUCUGGAUCAGAAAAGUUUUUAAAAGGAACUUUCUCGUUUAGCCACUGCUCAACUUGUUUUGAUUAACUCAACUCAAUGGAUAAAGUUAAAAGAAAAAUAAGGAAAUAAAUUAUUUAAAAAAGCGAGCUUCAAACAUCCAGUUCUGCUAAUUCAAGCUUAUCUACUUCAGUUGAUGAUUCAUCUUUUAUUCAAAAUAAUGAAGAAGAUGAGGAUUCUGGCUAGAUAAUUAUUUUUAAUUGUGGACACUCAUAUCAUAAAGAAUGCUACUUUAGAUAGAAAAAUUUGAGAAUUUGCUUGGAAUGCAUAAGAGCUAAGAAUUAGCUAUACUUUUUGAUUAUAUCAAGAUAGGAUAUUGACAUUAACAAACUUAAUUUAUUCAUUAGAAAAUAACUAGAAUUAUUAUAAGAAAGAUUAGAAUCGAAUAGAAGAUCUUCAGAUUUAAGUUUGAGCAGGAACAAUAGCUACUUUGAAACUGUUAAAAGCGUUGUGGAAGAAGAAACAAAAGAAAUUUAAAAGUUCAACAAAUUAAGAAGAAUUAAAAAAUUAAAAAAUUUUGAUAAAAUGAUUGAAUAAAAAUAUUCUUUAUUUGAAAAAGACCCUGUUGUUAAAAAAUAAAAAUACACUUCUUGA